UGGCAGUUGGAGCCGGCUACGGGAGGUCGUUGGUCUUGCUGCACGGAGAUUCUUGGAAAGCGAGAUGGAAGGGUUUGUGUCUAACUUAAUGGUCUGCAAUCUGGCCUACAGCGGAAAGCUGGAGGAGUUGAAAAAGGAGAUCCUGGGCGAUAAAUCCCUGGCUACUAGAACUGACCAGGACAGCAGAACUGCAUUGCAUUGGGCAUGCUCAGCUGGACAUACAGAGAUUGUUGAAUUCUUGCUGCAACUUGGUGUGCCAGUGAAUGAUAAAGAUGAUGCGGGUUGGUCUCCUCUUCAUAUCGCUGCUUCUGCUGGCCGGGAUGAGAUUGUAAAAGCCCUUCUGGGAAGAGGUGCUCAAGUGAAUGCUGUUAAUCAAAAUGGCUGUACUCCCCUACAUUAUGCAGCUUCCAAAAACAGGCAUGAGAUUGCUGUCAUGUUACUAGAAGGCGGGGCUAAUCCAGAUGCUAAGGACCAUUAUGAGGCUACAGCAAUGCACCGGGCCGCAGCCAAGGGUAACUUGAAGAUGAUUCAUAUUCUUCUGUACUACAAAGCAUCCACAAACAUCCAAGACACUGAGGGUAACACUCCUCUACACUUAGCCUGUGAUGAGGAGAGAGUGGAAGAAGCAAAACUGCUGGUGUCCCAAGGAGCAAGUAUUUACAUUGAGAAUAAAGAAGAAAAGACACCCCUGCAAGUGGCCAAAGGUGGUCUGGGUUUAGCACUCAAGGGAAUGGUGGAAGGUUAAGCAGCUUGGAUUUAU